AUGCAGCUAAAACUUGGAACAGAAGACUGCACUAUGUUCAAUCCAAGAGGAAGUAUUGCGCGCACGCAGACUCCACCUUCGGCUCCAUCAGAGGGCUGGACCGGUGCGCAUUUAAGGAAGUUCAGGCGCGGCUCCCCCACACACGCCUUCUUCAUCUCUGUCCAUUUUUGGCAGCUUUCCCGUUAUACCCGAGGGCUUCCACACCACACCCAGCCCAGGAUUAAAGUGAGAAAUUCUUGUCUGAGCCUGCUUUUUGGGUAA